AGUCUGACCGUCGUACGGUGAAGAUCAAGGUUGGUGGGUUGGUUUCGGGCCGACAUCGCGCGAGAAGAGUGACCGUCGAAUAUCGAGGAGGAAACUUCACAGAAAAGUUGAACGGCCCGGCGCAAUUUACGUCAUCGAAGAUUCUUCUGUUCUUCCGGGGAACGUUGAACGGAAGACACAAGAAGAAUCGACGUUUCAUAGUAUUAUAUUCUCUACGACAAAGUGAAGAGAGCGCGAAAUAUCUCGAAUUGAAAAACGCAAGUUGCCGCUGAAUCCGCUUAACUCGAAUUACGCAUCCGGUGGAAUACACAAGAGGGACCCGAGAUGCUGGCAGCUUCGAUCUGUUGCGAAAUUUAUUACACGGUGUUACCCAGCUCGACCAUGGCCUCGCGAGUACCACGCUGCCUCUUCGGCAAGCCGGACCCGCGGGACACCAUGGAAAUGUUCCAGGAAGCGCUAGACGCGGAGAGGAACAAGUUCGCCAAGAGAUGGGGAGUGGAUCCCUGUUCCGAGGACAAGGAGAAUAAUUACCAGAGACGGAACAACGAGAAGAGCGAACCGUCGACUAACAAAAAGCGAAGUAAUCCGUAUUCAAGGCAGACCAGCAUUCACGGCAUUCGAAGUGGUUCGCAGGCUAAAAAAAUGGUCGAUACGUUGAAACACGUGUGCGAGAUAAUCGUAGCGCGCGCGAGGGGAAAAGAUUAAUUUUCUCAACUUCGAGAGAGAUCCUGUUCCUAUUUGCACUGAUAAUCCCCCGCACGGUGACUCCUUGGACUGGAACGUGACGACCCUCAAAAAUUCAACGGAGCGGGACGGUGCAACCAGCACCUCUUUUUCCACCGACACCUGUUAGCCCUUGCUAUGGGCCCAUGACGACUGGAACGUCUUUUCCCACGAUUAAAUCAGACCCCGCGAACACGCGAUACCGUGUCGCGCGGGGCCUUUCGAAGGUCGCGCGUCACCUGUUGGAACAAGUUGCACUUGAUACGAGAAGGACUGGAUACACUAAUUGCACUAACUCCUCCAUUUAGUUAACAUUUUCAUAG